CCUGGAAGACGAAUACGGCAUCAUUCCUCUGGCUUUAUGGGAUUCCAGGAUGUGGAAAAACCGUCCUAAGCUCAACAGUACUUGAAGCUGUGCUUAACGACCGUCGAAAAGAUCCUAGCAAUGCUGUAACAUACUUCUACUUUGACUUUUCAAAUCCGAAGAAACAAUGCCCAGAGCUGAUACUAGAGUAGUCUAUUCGUUGAUUUUCCCACUUUCGCAACAAUGCGUCAAGUUUCCAGCUGCACUUAAAGUACUUUUUGCCUCCUGUGGGAAAGGAGGGGAACGUCCGUCGCUUUAUGCCACUUUGGAAGUACUACAAAAGAUGAUUCAGGAAUUUCCGCGGACGUACUUUAUUUUGGACGCUCUACUAUAGUGCACGAUUUGGAAUUACGACGGCUGUCGAGGUGCUGCUCGGCGAGGGCGCCGACGUGAAUGCGCAAGGUGGACGUUGCGGCAACACGCUACAUGCCGCUUCCGCCAAGGGCACAAAUAUAUUGUCGAGCUGCUGCUCGGCGAGGGCGCCGACGUGAACGCGCAAGGUGGGAAGUUCGGCGACGUGCUACAGGCUGCGUCAGUCUGGGGCCACUCUUAUAUCAUCGAGUUGUUGCUCGGCAAGGGCGCCGAUGUGGAAGCGCAAGGUGCGCCGUAAGGUAUGGUAGUACGCUCUUUGCCGCUUUAGCCCGGGGCUAUACUAUCUUCAAUCCGUUACUUAAUAGGAAGACAUUUCAACGAACGUAUAUUUCCAACUUCUUCGAAGCGACUAAGAAACAACACAUCAAGGACGGAGCAUAGGCCUCAGGGGGGUGUGAAUGCUGUGUAUGUACUGGCUCAGAGUGUAGUAUUUACGUAGUGACAGCCAGCGUAGCGGUAACUUCUAUAUGCCGAAGAGGACGGUGU